AUGGCCUUGAAUUCGCAGCUCGACGCCUCCGUAUUUUCCGCGAAGAACGAGAAUACCGUAGCGUUCUUAAAUGCUCAUGCGGAUUUCGCUCUUAUCAAGGUUGAAGUUCCUCAGCAAUACGAAGGCUUGGGCAAGGCUCUCUCCCACCAUAGACGGAAGAAUGCCGAGUGUGGACAGCAACAUAUAACAGCUCGCAGACUGGGAGCCUUAUUUGAGCCAAUCAUUCCUAACAUCGAUAUUCUCGCCUCCAAGUAUGGGACAAGGGUCUCAGAAAUUGCAAGAUCGCCCCAGUUUGAAGUAAAGCCUGGUGAAUAUGGACCAUUCGAGCAAUAUGCAGGGGUCGAUGGUACCUCUAUAUAUGCAGCGGUCUCAUCAGGAAAUAGCACAAUUGCCUUGCAUUUACUGGCCUGCUUGCUGGCGCGAAUGUUUUCGAGCGCCGAGGCAACAGCAAUUUGGGUUCAAUUAGUCGAAUCCAGGCUGAAGGAGAUUGAAGAGAACUCAGAUCCUAACCAAAUACUGGGAAGGGCGGCUAUCUUCUCUGGGGAGCUGGGCCGCCAAAUCCUAAGAGAUGAUUUGGCUUCAUGGGAUGCCAGCGCGCGCGCCUGGCUUGAGGCUGCGAACCACAUCAAAGAGCGUGAAUAUAUACAACUGAAGCUUAUCAUAAAAAAUGUUCCGUCGAUCCGAAGCUCUGACGCGCCUUACAGGGGCAUUAUUCAAAACUGGAUUACGACAAUGGAAACAAUCCAGGAUAUAAUCCAGGGCAAACCACGGAACAUAACGAAUGGGUCGAUUCUUCUUGGACUUAUGUCGUGGCACAUCUACCCGGACCUGAGCGUGUUUUCCCCAAAUUGCUACGUUAAAUUUGAUGAUAGCCUCGUGGAAACUGGGGGUGUAAUCACUCUUGGGCUUGAACAGAAAGACGAAGAUCAAACUGGCGUCAGUUGGUCGGUCUCUCUUUCUCACUUACGAUAUUACGGGGAUCCAAUCGUUAUUAAGAAGUCCUCUUCAGAGGAUAGUGAUAGAAUCAGCGUUCGCGAGUUACGCUUCGUUACCUUCGGCAGUCUACUGGCGAAUUGGGGUAUACCGGCGUCAACCGAUAUCUCGGAAGUCGCUGAAUGUUUUAUUGCACUAGGGAAAGCUUUACAACUGGACGAAAGUGCUGACGACUUGGAUUGCCACGACAGUCUUAGUGGGAUAGCUUUACUUAUCGAUGCAGCGCGAAGCUUUCAGUCAUCUGUCGGAAUUCAUAGGGAUUUUGCCCUUCAUCAUAUUGAAUUUGGCAGGCGACGAGGCCGAAAAUUUCUCGACGAAAACCGCCACGGAAAUGUCCCAAUGUUUGGGCUAUCAAAUCCAUACUUGAUAUUUCAGUUAUAUACAAAGUGGGCCACGGAAAACCUUGAUCUAGAAGUAUAUAUAGCCCUACUUCGUCAACUUGCUAAAGACUGCAAUUUUCCUCGUAACAGUUGCAUCAUCGCUAGCCGCCCUCCAUGCCCCAUUGCCGUUGGGGUAUCCGAGCUCGGAGCUUCAUUAGACGGGAGCUGGGAAUUGACUACUGCAAUCCCAGUGCCGACUAUCACUGGGAAACGAUCUAGGGAUGGGAAAUUACAAAUAGCAGAAAGGCAUAUUCGCUGGGUCCAUAUCGACCGCACUAAGGAUCCUCUAUAUCAAAGAUACCGUGAGAUUUCGGACAAUCUGGAUAAUAUUGAGCUUGACAACAUAGCUAACAUAGGAGAAACUAGCAUUGGUUUAUCCUCUCCCGAUUGCGACUGUCAUGAAAAGAGGCAUGCUUGUGAUGACCGCUGCUCGUGCAGAAAGCUAGGAUUCAAAUGCACUUCCCUAUGCUUAUGUCUCAGCCAUUUUCCUGGCUUAGAUAGCUCGCGCUGCAUGAAUUCUCGAGACUGCGUGUCACUAUCUGGGGCGACAGGCGAAGAUUUUUAUUGGCUUUCAACGAGGAGCACUUUGGAUAUGAAUUAUUACACUCAACUCGUCCAACCUGGUAGUAAAUUUAGGUGGCAUGACCCUCCCUGUGCGUUUGUCGAUAAGUCCAACGAGCUUGUGGUUUCACUAGAUGAGCUGCAAAUGCAAGACGAGCUAGACUAUGACGAUAAAUCUUCAUAUAGCUCAAACGCCCUUGGCCAGGAACUUACUUUCCGGUCAAUUCAAUCAAAUGGAAUAGCUGGACUAUUCAUUAUGGAUGGAUUGAGGGUGGAGAUACCGAAAUUCAGCUUAUCUCGGCUUAUAGAAGUCUUCCAGUCGGGUACUUUGGAUCCAUUACUAUUAAGGGAAUAUCUGAAGGAUAUUCCAUAUAGUGGUAUUAUGGACUAUUCACUGUCCCUCGAGGGAGAAAAUCAUUCCUGUGACACAAUCUUCAGAUCUUUGACAGCUGUAUCUGCUGCAUGCGAGCUCUAUGACGACUUACCAGGGGCGACGAUUUCUGUUGGCAUCCUGAAGCAGCCACUCGGCCUAUCUCACUGGGCUACCAACAUAUGGGACUGUUUGCCGGAAGAGGGUGAGCCAAAAUUAUGGCGGUCAACUAAGUUUUCGUGUCUUGCUAUGAUGGAGUCCGGGGUGCACAAUAUACACCCUGAUCAUCUUGAACCGGUUAUGGCCAUGGCAGCGGGUAAUUCUAUCUAUGCCUCUGAGGCGCUUCUUCAAGACCCCACGCUCCAAGAUCACUCCGGUCUUCCCGUAUUAAAAGGGAUCCGACGAAUAAUUGGCAAUAUUGGAUAUCCCGGGGUAGUAAUGCUCAUCCCACCACCGAGCCCGCAAAUGUUACAGGUGGAUCCGACGCGAGAAAGAUUUGGGGGAGUCGAAACCUUUGAUGGGAUACCACAAGACUGUCUCACUCAAACAUCCUUGCAUCUAAGGUGUACAGAAUACAAAUUCCCUCUCGCGAGUGCUCCCGGUGCUGUCGAUGCGGACGUCCUGAUCCGCGAGGCGCUUAUAUCCGUUUAUGAUGGGUCUAGGUGGAUUGCUGACCUUGAUAUAUUGAAAGGGUUCGAAAGCCCCGACCUAGAUAUUGUAUCGGAUUGUCACUGUCAACGCGAGCAUGAUCAUAAAUAUCCCGGCCAGCUGCUUGUUCAGGAGUUUGGAGUUCAGCUUAAGGCUAUAACCACGUGGGACCAACUGUUGUUAUGCAACAAUAAUCUCAUAGAAGGUGAAAUAGGUGCUGUGAGUGUCUACGGGAACUGGUUUGCACGGCUGGCCGUGGCGAGCUUGGCAACUCGGAUGGGGUCUCAGAGCGUCGUGUUCCCAUCGCAUUGUGUAUGUAACAGCUGUGGAGAAGUGCUCCUUGAUCUCAAACCUCAGUACUUAGAGGAACAGAAGAAUGGAAAUCCGGUGCUUUUCAUCUUUUGA